AAUCCCUUGCGCAUUGCCAUCAUUGGCCAAAGUAAUUUUGCUGCCGAUGUUUUGGAACUUCUCCUUGAGAAAAACUACAACAUCGUUGGUGUUUUUACAAUCCCAAACAAAGGCUCGCGUGAAGAUAUUUUAGCAACCACUGCCAGUCGUCACAAUAUUCCCGUUUUUAAAUUCGCAUCAUGGCGUCGCAAAGGUGUUGCCAUACCCGAAGUACUCGAGCAAUAUAAAUCGGUACAGGCCACCUUAAAUGUCCUACCCUAUUGUUCACAAUUUAUACCAAUGGAAGUGAUCGAAGGCGCUGAAUUAGGUAGUAUUUGUUAUCAUCCAUCGAUAUUGCCAAGACAUCGUGGUGCCAGUGCUAUAUCAUGGACAUUGAUCGAAGGUGAUGAUGUGGCAGGAUUUUCUAUCUUUUGGGCUGAUGAUGGUUUAGAUACAGGACCAAUUUUGUUGCAAAAACAGGUGCAGGUUGAACCCAGUGAUACUUUGGAUACGCUGUAUAAACGAUUUUUAUAUCCUGAGGGUGUGAAGUCAAUGGCAGAGGCAGUGGAUAUGGUAGCUGCGGGUAAGGCACCUAAAAUUACCCAGACCGAAGUGGGUGCCACAUAUGAUCCGGCCAUGUUUAAGGAGGAUAAUCAAUAUUUGAAUUUGAAUCAAUCGGCAGAGGGUAUAUGGAAUUUUAUAAGAGGUCUUGACUCGGUGCCGGGAGCUUUGGUGACGGUCGUUGAUAAGGAUCAGGGUGUGGAGGAAAAUAUACGUUUAUAUGGUGCUCAUUUGUAUCAGGAUAAAGCAAUUGGCCAGUCAAGGGAGCUAUAUUUGAAAGGUCUCAAGUAUCCGGCCUUUGUCCAUGACAAGGGAUUACUUAUCCAGGGUUUGGAUGGCCGAUAUGUCAAUGUUCGUCGCUUGAAGCGGGGCUCGAAAAUGAUUAAUGCAUGUGAUUGGUUUAAUGUGUCCCAAGGGAUGCAAGUUACCAAUUUCUCAGAAGAUGAACUGAACAAAAAAGAAGUUUUAAAUAAAAUUUGGUUUUCGAUUUUAAAAUGCCCCAUUGAGGGCGACACUGACUUCUUUGCUGCCGGUGCAGGUUCCAUGGAUGUGGUUCGGCUGGUUGAGGAAUGUAAGGAGGCCUUUGAUGUACCGCUGGAAAAUGAAAAUGUGUUCAUGGCUCCCGUUUUCGAUGAAUUUUUUGGAGAAAUUGUGAAAUGUUUGAGAGAUGGUUCUUCGUCCGGCGGUGCCAAGGUCCACUUCGAUGGCUUUGUAAUGAAAGCCAAUAAAAAAGAGAUUUCCAUACCCACUCAAUUGUUCAUUAAUGGAGAAUUUGUGGACGCCGAACAGAGACGUACCUUGGAUAUUAUAAAUCCCACAAAUGAGGAGCUUUUGUGUCGGGUGGCCUGUGCAUCCCGCAAUGAUGUAGAUAAGGCUGCCACCGCUGCCCACAAAGCCUUCUAUGGGGCGUGGCGUCAAAUUUCGGCAAGGCAAAGAGGACAACUUAUGUUGAAAUUAGCGGAUCUAAUGGAGCAACAUAAAGAAGAAUUGGCUACCAUUGAGUCGGUGGACUCGGGCGCCGUAUAUACCCUGGCCCUUAAGACCCAUAUUGGUAUGUCCAUUGAUGCUUGGCGUUAUUUUGCCGGUUGGUGUGAUAAAAUACAAGGCAAUACCAUACCUGUGAAUCCUGCCCGGCCCAAUAAUGUUUUGACUUUUACCAAAAAGGAACCAUUAGGUGUUGUGGGCCUCAUCACACCCUGGAAUUAUCCUCUCAUGAUGUUGUCCUGGAAAAUGGCAGCCUGUAUUGCCGCCGGUAACACCUGUCUUAUAAAACCUGCCCAAACUUGUCCACUGACGGCAUUGAAAUUUGCCGAACUUACCGUCAAGGCUGGAUUUCCUCCUGGAGUAAUUAAUGUGGUCACCGGCAAGGGUUCGGAAGCGGGUCAGGCCAUUUUGGAUCAUCCUCUAAUUAGGAAAUUAGGCUUCACUGGUUCCACGGAAAUUGGUAAAACCGUGAUGCAAGCCUGUGCCAAGUCCAACCUCAAGAAAUGUUCCCUGGAACUGGGUGGUAAAUCGCCAUUGGUUAUAUUUGCGGACUGUGAUUUCGAAAAGGCCGUGAAAUAUGGCAUGUCCUCGGUGUUCUUUAACAAGGGUGAAAAUUGCAUAGCUGCCGGACGCCUCUUCGUUGAGGAUCGCAUACACGACGAAUUUGUCCGCCGCGUGGUAAAAGAUCUUCGUUCCAUGGUCAUUGGCGAUCCUUUGAAUCGUUCCACAGCCCAUGGACCACAAAAUCAUCGGGCCCAUUUUGAAAAACUUAUUGAGUUUUGUGAACGUGGUGUUCAGGAAGGUGCCACCUUGGUAUACGGUGGCAAACCGGUACCCAAUACGAAAGGAUACUUUUUCCAACCCACCGUCUUCACCGAUGUUGAGGAUCACAUGUUCAUUGCCCAAGAGGAAUCGUUUGGUCCCAUAAUGAUCAUAUCGAAAUUCCAUGGCAGUGAUAUUGAAACGGUUAUGCGUCGUGCAAAUCGUUCGGAAUACGGUUUGGCCAGUGGGGUAUUUACCAAGGAUAUUGGCAAGGCUCUGGCCUUCGCCGAUAACAUUGAAGCCGGUACAGUGUUCGUAAAUGUUUACAAUAAGACUGAUGUAGCAGCACCAUUUGGUGGUUUUAAACAGAGCGGUUUUGGCAAGGAUCUUGGCCAAGAAGCUUUAAAUGAAUAUCUGAAGACUAAAUGUGUUACUAUUGAAUAUUAGCUUAAGAUCGAA